GAAUACUUUCACAUCCUACGACAUUUCUACUGCUUUCAUUAAAUAAAGGGAUGUUUAUCUUGCGUGAGGUAUUUAAAAGGAAAGCUCCCGCGUAAUUUAUACAUUUGCUUAAGACUUUGUCAAGAUAACAUUCAGAGGAGCGUGAUUAAAUAUUCAAACAGUAAUCACAUGGGACUGGGGACAUUUAUUUUUCUAUAAAUCUAGGUAAAAAGAGGAGAGAAAAAAUACACACAAAUCCCAGCGUACUGAUCGUGGUUGGUGUAUUAAUUAACAAGCUGUCGUUGUUUAUGGGAACACGUUAUGAACAUUUAAUUAAUUCGUGUCGAGGCAAUAUAUACAUCACAGGAUAGUUAACGUCUAGUUCAUUAAAUCACCAGCAAUAUGAAUCGAAAAGUACCAGACAAAGUACAGAAGGUGUUUGACAAAUAUUGUGUGAACUUUGUUCGCCGUCUGAACAAGCAGAAAGCGCUGGAAAUGUUCGCUACUGAAUUCAAACUGAACCCCGAGAGGGCGGAGAUCAUGUUUGAAAUGUUUGAUAAAGAUCGGAACGACAUCCUGUCGGCAUGGGAGUUCUACCUCUUCUAUGAAUCUUUUGGAUACGAUGCGAACGAAUACCUAGACCUCUUCGACAAGCUGGCCAAUGACGCCCAGCAGGCUGACCCGUCGGGGACGUGGGACUUCCUGAAGACGUUGAAAACGCUGUCGGGGCGGGGCUUUGAGGAUGAAGAGCUGGAGACGACGAUGAUGGCAAUUUUGGGACAGGAGAAAACUCUGGACAAAAAAAAGUUUAUCGAACUGAUCAGUAGGGUGAAAAUGACCCGAAGUUGAGAACGUGGGAGUGAGGCCCGAGGGUGGGGCGGGAUACAACUCCGUUUUUAUUUUCUUGUUGUAUUGUAAUUUGUAAACGAUGUGCCUUGUGAUCUACUUGUUAUUCGUUGCUUAAGUUUAUCAUUCAAUGUAAAAGAAACACCGAGUCCCUCUUAGAUGGGAUAUAACUGACAAACUUCUGGAGUGGUUCUCCUAUGCUUAAUUGUAUACCUUCUUUGCAGGAAUUAACGAAUAAGUAAAGUGCAUCGAGUCUGUUGUAGGUUGUUUUUCUAUGGUUUACGCGUCAUUUCCUGCAAUUUAUUUUCAAAGAAAAUAGUGUAAUACAUGUUUCUCCUAUGGAGACUCUGGAUGUGCAAUUCGAAAGUUUGACUGGAAAGGCAUUUCAUCUUUUCUAUAAUCUUCAGAUUUUUUUUUUUAAAUAAUUGGUUGUGUUUUUAACAGAAUUUUAGGAAAUUAUUUUUAAACAUUUAUAUGAGCUAUUAGGUUUUAUUCAUUAUUUGACAAUUUUACUCUUACUUUUUGUAUGUAUAAUAGCGUUUCCCCUCAUUAAAAUCGCAUUUACCAUUUGUAAAUAUAUUUCUCUUUUAUAUGAUCAACCAUUGUUUAUAACAAUUUUUCACAUUCCAUUUAAAUAAAAAAUCCAUGUAAUCAUUAAUGUCAUUCCUCAUUACAAUUCGUAAAACCUGAAAAACUGAAUAAACUCACGCAUGAAGUAGA